UUGAACGUAAUGCAGGCUAUAGUGUUUAUAGCUUAAUGUUCAUUAAAAAGUGAUGAAAUCGCACGUCAGAGUAGGCCGCAUUGUGUAGGGUGAUUUAUUUCGUAAUUUUGGCUUCAAGUUCGGUUAUGUUACACCAAGUUACAGUUACCGACAAGUGAAUUACCCGAUAAAGUGCAGUCUCAAUCCCCUGGCGGAUUUCUUAAGCAUUGAAUUUCAGAUCUCGUCUAAUCCCGACGGCAAACAUUUUGUAUUCGCAGGGUUUUGACCUGAAUCAAAUUUGAGACUUGUAAUUGAAAAACUAAAAUGCGGAUUGCAAGCUCUCUGCUGGCGGUCGGAAUUCUGCUGCUGGUAUCUGCGAACGACGCCGCCAACGAGAAUGAAACAUGUCGCCCAAGACCUUUGGAUAUUGUGUUUAUGCUCGAUGGAUCUAGAAGUGUGCGGCCAAAGAACUUUCAAACUGUAAAAGAUUAUGUCAAAAACUUCACCGAUAUCUUUGAAGCUUUUGGCCCGAACGACAUGCAAGUUGGCGUGAUACAAUUCGGCAGCGGUGUACGAGAGGAAAUUCUACUGAACCAAUUUUACGUCAGGCAUGAGCUGAUGGAGGCAAUCGACAACAUUCGUUAUAUGGAGACGGGUACGAUGACGGGCCUUGCGCUUCGGAAGCUUGUGACGGAAACAUUGACCGUGGAGCACGGGGCAAGAGUGGACAACCCGAUAGUUCAUACAGUCGUUGUUAUUAUCACUGACGGGAAAUCGCAAGAUUAUAGUCGCGGCGGGGUCACGAAGUGGACGAAAGAGGCGAAGGCUCGAGGAUUUGAAAUAUUCGCUAUCGGCAUUGGCAGGAAAGCGAACCGAAAAGAGUUGCUGGAGAUGGCGUCUGAACCAAAAGAACUGCACACUUUUAGGGUGCAGAAUUUUAACGCAAUUAAGAGGGUCGACGUCAACUUGAAGGACCGCAUCCUGUGCGACGUGGACGAGUGCGAAAUUGGCAACUACACCUGCGAACAGUUAUGUCAUAACACCGAAGGAUCAUACAUAUGUGAAUGCUACGAUGGCUUUGCUCUCAACGACGAUCAAACGACUUGUUAUGAUGCCGACCCUUGUCUGUCCAACCCAUGCUCACAUAUUUGCACUGUAACUGGCCAUGGCAACUUCCUGUGUUCAUGCCCGCUCAACAUGGAACUGGAUGGGAGUGGUUCACAUUGUAGAUACUUACCACCACCAACACCCACAAGUCUUCAAGCAAUCCAUGUAACCCACACCAGUGCGGUUGCUUCAUGGACAGUGGAUCCAUCAAAAGAGUUUCUGGUUGACCACUACCUUUUGAUGUACACGCGUUCUGAUGGGCAAGGGAAGAUUGAAUUAAAAGAAGUUUAUGGUAACACCACAGUGGAUCUAGUAGACCUUGACCCAGAUGUCAAGUACAAUAUAUCACUUGUUGUUGCAACCAAAAAUGAUGUAUCUGUUCCAACCGAAAGGCAAUUUAAAACACUUGCUCUUGGUGAGACCGUUGUUCUACUUACCCAACCAACUUUAACCACCAUGACGGCAACUUGGGCACCAGCUGGUGGUGACGGAUUGACCGGGUACGAGUUAUCUUAUCGACCAGUUUCUGAAGAAGAUACUGGAGGGGUUGGAGUUGGCCCACCACCAGCUUUGAUAGUCCAGAAUUUUGGACCUGACAUCCAUGAAACAGUCUUGACAGGUUUGGAAUCAGACACCAUGUACAGCGCUAGAGUUGUUCCCAUGCAUGGUGAUCUUGUUGGGCAAGUUGGCACUGAUGAAGAGAGAACAGAUAAGCUUGGACCUCCAGAAGUUGUUGUGGCGAAUACCUCACUUUCAACUUUACAUUCCAAGUGGGGAGGUAUCCAGUAUGAAGUGGAUGAUUGGGAAGUUUCAUUAUUGUCCAAAUCAACAGGAGACGUCACUACGGUUAUGACACAAACAGGGACACAAGACAAGUUGUUCAAGAUGCUCACCCCUGGUACAGACUACCAGGUUGAUGUGAUUGGUCAUGUGACAGAAAGUGGAAGAAGGUUUAGCAGUCCGGUUGGCUCAGCCAGUGGAACUACUGAUGCAUUGACUGGCCCAGUCGUUCAGGUAAUUGACACAACUGACACAACCGCACACGUGGAAUGGACCGAUAUUAAUUUCCCUACUGACUCCUGGACAGUAAAGAUUUAUCCCAAAGGUAGAAACCGAAGAUUUGAGACAUUGGAAGUAAACGGUGACGAAAACAGCGCCGUAUUUGAGUCGCUAAAACCGUCUACAUUGUACGCUGUCGAGGUAACAGCCAAUGUUCAUGAAGCUGGACGUGUGUUUGUUAGCCCCUUGGGAAGAACAUUAGACUCAACAAAACCUGCUGCUCCACGAAAUAUAGAAGUUAUUCAUAGGGAAAUAUCAGAACUUACCGCCCAGUUUGACCCUGCAAGUGGUGAUCAUACAGGCUAUGAGGGGGAGUGUGUGAAAACAGAUGGAACAGGAGAACCAGUGCCUGGGAUUAUCGUUGAUUCUGAGGUUCCUACCAUCACAUGUGAAAAUUUGGAUCCAGCAACUCUAUAUGACGUCAGAGUUAGAACAUUACUUGGAGAUCUUAAAAGUCAGAUCAUUGCAACCUCCAACAAAACUCUAGCUCCCGUGGCAGCCGACAUUCUUGUAACUGACGCCACCACACACUCACUAUUGGUGGAUUGGCACGCUCCUACCAAUGUUUCUGUGGAUGGAUACAUGGUUACUUACAAAUGUGAUGCAAGUGAACUUGAGACAAGAUAUGUAGAUGGGAACACUACCAGUUUGGUGCUCACUGGCCUUCAACCUGAUACUGAGUAUGACAUUACAUUGAAGGCAAUUGUUAACGAAGAAGUAAGCAUUCCUAUGAGUACAAGUGGGACAACGCUUGAGGAAGAAAUUGAACUCCAGAUUGACAAAGUUGGUUAUACCGACAUCGAAGUAUCAUGGACGCCCUCAGCCGUUCCUCAUCUUGAUUUCUACAAGCUAACAUCUGCUCCAGUGAGGAACCCAAGCAUGAUCACAGAAGUGAAUGUGGGAGCAGAUGACACUUCAUUCACACUGACUGGUCUCGACACAGCUACCGAAUACACCAUCUCAGUUGAAGCUUACUACUCAGCUUCUACCUCUGGAACUUCCACAAAAACGGCAUCAACACUUGCCCUCCCACCGAUAGGGCCCCUUAACUUUACUGAUGUGUCAGACACAGGCUUUGUUGUGCAUUGGCUCCCACCCACUAACCUGAAGCCCACUUCUUAUGAAGUAACUUACUGGAAUGAUGAUACCGACGCUAUUAGUGUGAAAGGCGUGAGAGAGUUAUUCUUACCAAUAACAGAGUUGAAUGCUGCUACUGAGUACAACGUUUCUGUUACUGCUAUUUACUUUGAUUCCAUAGAAAGUGAACCAAUAAUAGGAAAUGAGACAACACUUAACCCAAUUGAAGGAACUUGUUCUUGUUAUAAUUACAUGAAGAGCCAGGAGAAACUUGAGAGGACUCUUUCUCAACUUGUGAAGCAGAUUGAGUACCUUACUUUCCAGGUCGAAAACAAUGCUGUUGGUCCCCAAGCUAUUAGACCAGAACAAGGAAUAAGCUUGCGUAAGCGCAGAGACCCUGUAACAAAUGAAUCUUAAAGACUUUUAGCUCUGACAACCACGUUCCUUUAGUUUUUACCUAUUUCCUGCCCGCAGUUUUUACCCCUUGGCGUUUCUCAAGGCCUAGUUUAUGCCAGGAAGCGGAAAUUUCUUUGUUUAAUCAUAGCAAUUUAGAAAUUGCCUUUGGAAGAAGGUAUGUAAGAUAUUUGCAACAAAGUGACAUUUAUAGUUGACAUUUAGAUAUUACGUCUAAAUCCGGUUUGGAGUGGAAAAGUGUGGAUAUUGCUUUUAGCUGAAAAUGGAAAUCUGUUUUUCAAUGAUUCGCAUGUAAUACCCGUAAUAAUGUCAUUGAUUAUGUUUUUCUGUUCAAACAAAGUUUUAACUUUAAAUCAGUUUAAUUUAGGCUUUUUUAAUUUAGCUCUAAUUCUGUAUGUAUUUUUGCAUAGUUUCUAUCGUCCAAUCAGCAUCUUAGUUCAUUGCUCGCCGUUGCAAAUUUUGCACUCGUUUACAUUGUACAUAGCUUUAGCCAUUGCGUAGCAGUUGAACCCAGUAUUCCAGCGUACCAACCGCUAUUGCCCACUACUAUCAACGACCGUUUCACAGAGAAAAAAUACAAAACUGUGUAUUCGCA